GAAGUGGAAGCAAGCAGGAAGAUUGCUGAAUCUACUGACCAAAAUAAUAUGGGCGACUGCUUCUUAGAUAUAAUUAUAGAGCAGCGCUCACACUACUAAAUAAAGCGUAAAGUUGUCACGGUCAAAUGUAGAUUAAUUCAAUUAAUAACUCCUUCCCAAAUUUCCAGCACAAGGUCUGAUCUACCUGUAUUUUAAUGGACAGAGGAAGAGGAGGAAAAAGAGGAGGCAGAGGGAAGCGUAGUGAGGACAAAGAUGUUCAUCUGUCUAAAUCCAUGUCUUAUGUGCUACGUCAUGGAGCCACACAGAUGGGACUUCAAAUGACUACAGAUGGCUUCCUGUUUGUGGAGGACCUCCUGGCUCACCCACAGUUCCACUUGUACACAUUAGAAGACGUAGAGAGAGUCGUAUCCACAAAUGACAAGCAGCGCUUCAAGCUCCGCUCCCACCCAGAGGAUGGCCGGUUGCAGAUUCGAGCCAAUCAGGGACAUUCACUACAGGUUAUGGAUCUGGAGCUAAAACCAGUUCUAGCUGGUUCUCCCGAUUGCCCCGCCGAGGCCGUUCAUGGCUCCUACCUCCGCAACUGGCCAUCCAUUCAACAGCAGGGACUGAGCCGCAUGAAUAGGACUCACAUUCAUCUGUCAACUGGACUUCCAGGGGAUGAUGGUGUCAUCAGCGGCAUGAGGAAAAACUGUGACCUAGCUGUGUUUAUUGAUGUCCCCAGAGCUCUGGCUGAUGGUACCGAGUUCUUCUGGUCAGAGAAUGGUGUGUUGCUGACUGCAGGUGAUGCUGAGGGUAAACUCCGUCCUAAAUACUUCACCCGAGCCCUAAAACUCAAGCCUACAAGAUGCAUCCUUCCCCUGCAGUAAAAGCUGCUGUGCUUGAUGUUCUCACCAAGCUUGAAUCCAACUUUGCAGUAUGUUUUCUUGGUUUCCAAGACUACACAAGUUUUACAUUUCCUGUAAGUAACAGGAUGACAUACACUUGCAGCCCAAUUUUAUCUUCAUAAUAAAUACUUGACCAGAUAAAUAUAAGCUGACAUGGUACUUUUUUGUCUAUACUGUUCCUUACUAAAGUACUUGUGUCACAUGAUAGCCACAAAUUUUCACAUAUUUUCACAUAUUUUAUUGGGAUUUAAUGUGACAAAGUAAAGACGUGUAUAAGUAUGAGGUGGAGUGAAAAUGGUACAUGGUUUUCUAAUUACAAAUAUUCAAAUAAUUCAGCAUGUAUUUGUAAUUAGAACCCCGUGCUCUGAUACCCCUCAACCCACUGCCUUCAGAUUUAACCAAAGUUGUAGUAAUAAGAGAGCCUUUGUUGACACAGCAAACACAUGAAAGAAUGGUCUCAUGAAACCAAAGCUUUUCAUCAAAAUACUAGCAGCAUCUGCUGGUAAUGUUUU